CGUAACAUUGGGCAAUAAGAUUUCGCAAGAGAGAAGGGUUGCAAUAGUUUGUCAAGUAAAUAGCUGCAUUUUAUGGAUGUGGCUGAAAUUAAGUCACGUUCUGUUGUGUGCCCCACGCGCGCUCCUAGCAGUUUAAAAAUCUAAACCUGGAGAGGUUUACGUGCUGAAUAUUUUUUAAUCGUGGGCAAAAUAAAGUGCUAAUGAAGUAAAGUUCAAAGUUAACAUGCAGAACUUCUGAGGGUGCGCAAGCCAGCAGCACGCGGUCCUCUGCAGGCUGCUACCGUUCAGCGCCUCCCCAGUAUCAUAAUGAAAGGAGACAGCGACAUCUCGCGGACCACGCAGGGAAUUGAAGGCACUUUCCUCCUGAUUUGCGUUACCAUGGAGAGCGUUGCUGUGUGACGCCUGGUGGUAUCCAGGAAGAAGGUGAACUAGCUGGUAGAAGGAAAAAAAUGGACGAUAAUUUCCAACAAGGCAAUGGUGGAAUGGCAAGAAAUGUUGCCAAGUCUGGACGAAGAGCUCGUCCUGCGGCACACCAGUCAUCGUUUGAAGAGACUCGUCACAUAAGGAAGUCCUCCACCUCUGCUUCAGCAGGAGAGGGCCCUCCUCCUAAACCAGCCCGGCGGCAGGGCGGCUGGGCAGAGGACAGCUCUGGAUCUGGUUCUGCCAAAUCUUCGAGAAGACCUGCAGCUGAGGACCUCGAAGACCGCCGCCUGCGACCACAAACUCCCCAGGGAUCAGAUGAUGAAGGAGACAUCCCAACGAUUCCUGAUCUGGAUGAAGUGCAAGAAGAAGAUCUCACCAUGCAAAUUGCUGCUCCACCAUGUAUUCAGGUGAACCGGGUAAUGACCUACAGAGAUCUGGACAAUGAUCUGAAGAAUUAUUCUGCAUUCCAAACCUUAGAUGGAGAGAUCGACUUGAAGCUACUCACCAAGGUUUUAGCACCCGAGCAGGAGGUGAGGGAGGAUGAUGUGAGCUGGGAAUGGGAUCAUCUGUUUACAGAGGUGUCCUCGGAGCUGCUGAUGGAAUGGGAUCAAGGAGAGAGUGAGGAGCUGGCUGUGUAGCCUGCAACACGAGGAGGAUGCUUGAACUGAGACAUGAAGUUGCUCUAGUAGGAGUGAUGGGCGAACGUCCCACUACACAGAAGGGCUACCAACUUACAAACUUCAGUUACUGUUAUUUUGUAUAAAGUGUGUGUACAGCAUUUGGUAAAUUUUAUAAAUAAAUAAAGUUAUCUGUGGAUGGAGCAGUACAGUGUUACCUUA